AUGGUUCCAAGCGACGACUCGUUCAUCUCCGACAAUGAAGAAGAAUAUUGCCCAUUAUGUGUGGAAGAAAUGGACAUUUCCGACAAAAACUUCAAGCCAUGUCCCUGUGGCUAUCAGAUAUGUCAGUUCUGCUAUAACAACAUCAAACAGAACCCUGAGCUUAACGGAAGAUGCCCCGGUUGUAGAAGGUUGUACGACGAUGAGUCUGUAGAGUACAAAACCAUAAGUGCCGAGGAGUACCGUUUGCAACAGCUAAAGAAGGAGAAACGUGAACGUGAGAAAAAGCAGCGUGAAAAAGAAAAGAAGGAAACUGAAAUGGCCAACAAGAAGCAUCUUGCUGGUUUGAGAGUGGUCCAGAAGAAUUUGGUCUACGUCACAGGCUUGAAUCCUCCUUGCAAUCCUGAAGACUUACACUCAGUGUUACGUUCUGACAAGUACUUUGGUCAGUAUGGAAAGAUUCUGAAAAUCGUCAUCAACACCAAGACACCAACUGCUCUGGGAAGUCAUCACCAUCACCAGAAUCCUGGUUUGGUUGUCUAUGUGACUUUCGCCAAAAAAGAGGAUGCCUUGAAGUGUAUCAACGAGUUGGAUGGCUCCUUAUGUGAUGGAAGAGUUCUAAGAGCAGCUCACGGUACCACCAAAUACUGUUCGUCCUACUUAAGAGGCCAUCCAUGUCCAAAUCCUAAUUGUAUGUUCCUACAUGAACCUGGUGAAGAAGCUGAUUCGUACACCAGAAAAGACUUGUCAACUCAACAGGGUAUCAAGAUGAGCAUGAUGGGCUUAGUGAGCAGCAGUUCGAAUAUUUCCAAUUCUGGUCACUUUCAGGCUCAUUCAGCAACCAAUUCUCAAUCCAACUACAGUGGAGAUGAAGACACUAGUUCUGGUCCUAUCUUGCCAGCAUCUGUGCAAUGGGCUAAAGCAGGAAGCAAUUCCGCUAGUAACUCGCCUUCGGUUAAUAACAACACUCCCUUGGCUAACUCUGCUGCUUUCCCAACUUUGGGAGAAAUCUUCCGCGAUCAGAAACUGCAACAGAAGAAGGAUUUGAAGCAAAAGAUCAAAUCUAAAGUAUCCAAGGAUAAUGUCUUGCUUCCAGAUGACAUUGAUAUUGAUGAUGAUUCUGUAUUAGGUUUCAUUGAUCUGACAUCUGAGUGUUUGAGGGACUUACAACAGAGAAAGGAGAAGUUGAACGUUCAUUUCUCCAAGUUAUCGAACAGAACUGGGUCUGUCUUACCUUUGUUUGCAUUCAACAGCACAGAAGGCUUGUCUCAUGAUACCAGGCUUGAAGAGGAGACGUUGUUAGCACGUCAAGUCAUUGAAAGAUUCUUCUUGAGACCAAUCAAGAACUAUCAUUUAGCAUAUCAAAACCAUCCUAUCGCACAGCAACAAACAUUGCAGAACCAAAUACAGCAACAACAGCAACAACAGCAGCAGCGUCAGCAGCCAGGUUUCCAGGCUGCCAGCUUGGAACAGUUGCAAGCUGACCAGCAGAGAAAGUUGUUGGAAGCUCAACAAGUUGAAGGUUCUGCAAUUCUGCAACAACAGGCACAACAACAAUUGUUGCUUCUUCAAUUGCAACAACAACAGCAACAACUGCAGCAAGCUAAUCAAAUCAAUAUGUUGAGAGCAACCGAGAGAGGUAACACAUCUACGCCACCUCCUCCUGGUUUGUUUGCCGCUAACUCCAAUGCUCCUGUUGCGGCUCCUGCUGCUGGAGCUCAGUCUUCCAGCUCCCAAUUGUUGACUCAGUUGAUGAGUGGAAAGAGAUGAUUGUUAGUUUGUUGAAAGUGUUUGUUUGAUUUUUGACUUUGUUGACUUAUUAACUUUAUAGUUGCAAAGGUUGUAAUAUUGGAUUGGUGUCCCAAGUGGAUAAAUAAAUAUAUAUAAUAUAUAUAUAAUACUAAUUAAAAC